AUGCCAGAGAGUCCCUUAGAAAUACAGAAUGAUGAACAGAUAAUUUAUCGAUAUCGUGCGAUUGAUAUGAUAAGAUGGAUCCGAGAAGAAUUUGAUGAUUAUUUUACGAUUGCUUGCGCUGAUGCGCCAUCUUAUGCUGCAGAUAUUCUUUAUCUUAAAUCAAAGAUUGAAGCUGGUGCAAAUUUUGUUAUAACACAAUUAUUUUUUGAAGUGGAAGUUUUUGAAAAAUUUAUCCGAGAUUGUCGUGAAAUUGGUAUUACAGUUCCUAUUAUUCCAGGCAUAUUACCAAUACAAGUAUAA